AUGUCGAAACUUUAUCUGGUCCGGAUUAGGUACUGUACAUACCUAAUUCGUUUCCUCUUAUUAACACACUCCCGGAUCCGCGUCUCACUCUACGUCCUCACCCUGUCCAACCACCUCUGCGCCUUCACCUUCAAUUCGGCCGAGCUCUCCACGGCCAUCGAGUCGUCCCUGGGCGUGACGGGGCUCGCCUUCUUCCUGACGACCGUCAUCAUCACGGCCCGCCGGUCGUUCGACCUGUUCCACGCCCUGUGCGUCUUCAACCUGCUCGCCAUGGUGGGCCUCUCGGCCCGCCCCGUGGGGCGGUACCGCGCCGGCGUCGUCCGCCGCGUCGCCUUCUUGGCCUUCUACGUGCUCGCGGCGACCGGGUCGCUCGUCUACCUCAUCUACGUCUUCGCCACGGCGCCGACCUUUGGCGACCGCCCCGAAUGCAAUAGCCGCGUCGUCUACGUCCUCUUCGGCGUCGACAUCUCGGCCACCAACCCCAUUCUCCGUUGGCUGUUCGUCGGCGCCCUUGCCUUCCUGCUGGUUGGUCUCGGCUGCUCCUUGCUCUUCGUCACGUGCGUGGGCGUCGACAUGAUAUUCGGCCGUGACUUUCGCGACUUCUUCUUCGGAGGAGGAGGAGGAUGGGAUGAGGAUGGAGCAAAGAAGAGGCCGAGCGUGUACCAGCUGGUCGGCUACGUGGCCGGCACGAUAUACCUCGCCGUCAUGCUUGAGUUGAUGAUCAGAAGAAAUCCGCUGGGUCCUGGGCUCGACGAGUGGACCUUUGGACAAGUCUUGGCCAUGACGAUGCUUAUAGGCCCCCUUAUCGAGCUCGGCUCCCUCUUACUGGGAAAGGUGGACGGCAGGGGGAGUAAUAAUGAUAAUAACCAACUCAUAUCGAUAGCUCCAAGGGCGAGGCAACGAAUCGAAAUGGGGUCAGUUAGCUAUUAA